CCUGGUUUUCAUAACAGCAUCCUCCUCCAGCAUGGGCGGGGUCUGGGGGAACCAAAAUAAACAUGACACGCAGCCACUAUGUGCAGCCCCAGAGGAAUAGCCUGCCAUAGCUAGAAGGAGGACAGCUUGACCUCUCUGGCAAGAUGAUCAAAUCAUUCAAGCAAACGUUUCUGUCCCUGGAUCUGCAGUCCCCACGGUGGAGCUCAGCAGAGACAAUGGCAAAGGACUAUGAACUGCGGCAGUAUGAGACAGCCAAGUGGGUCAGCACAGUCAUUAGGGGAGAGACCCAGAAGGAGGCAAUGCGCCAGGGCUUCUGGAAACUCUUCCACUACAUCCAAGGGAAAAAUGAGAAAGAAAUGAAGAUUGAUAUGACUGUGCCAGUGACAUGCCUGGUAAAAUCUGGCUGUGCAGACUUCAAGAUCUCUUUCUUUUUGCCACAUGAGCAUCAGGACUCUCCCCCACAGCCCACAGACGCAGAUGUGUUUGUUGAAGAGCGCAAGGCGGCGGGCAUCUUUGUCCGGUCCUUUGGUGGAUUUGCCUCCCCAGAGAAAUAUGCUGAGGAAGCUGAAGUCUUGUCCAGAAUCCUAAGAAACAGAGGCCAACCAUUCCAUGAAGACUUCUUCUAUACUGCAGGCUAUGACAGUCCCUUCAAGCUCUUUAACAGGCACAAUGAAGUGUGGUAUUUUAAAAAGUAAUAUGGUGUAGGGGGGGGAAUAUUAAGAGGUUACUAAUCAGCUCUGGAUGAAAACAGAUCUAUUAAUGGCUUUUGCUUUACUGCAGAAGGUUUAAUUUGCACAUGGACACACGAUCAUGUCUAGGAUGAAAUGUUACUCUGGCUAAAAUGGUUUCAGCUCUUCCUAAAAGAUGUAAUCACACCAGCUGGAGUGGGAAGGAGAUGGGAUAAACCUAUUCCCCUUACUGAAAGGUUUGAGGGAACACAGAAAACACUCCAGCAGAACAGUUUGUAUGUCCAGUUUUACUUCUUACUGGAAGUGCUACAGCAAUAGCUCAAGUGUUAGAGAGAGCAAGUUCUUCAGAGCAAAUUACCAUAUUGUUAUCACUCAUGAUAAAUGAGGGAAAUCAAAUGGAAACCCAUCUUAGCAGGCCCUGGUGCCUCAUAUGCAGCAACAAUACUAUU